AUGCCCGUCACCAGGAGAUCGACGGGGAGAACGGAGGUGAAAGCAAAGCCACAAUACAAGGAGGAUUCAGAUUCGGAAACCGACGAACUCGCACGAGAUGAGCAGGCACCUGAAACCGAAUCUCCGCCGGUGUCAGCCAAAAAAGAGGCCCCCGCUGCUAUGAGCGCCUUUGAAAAGCGUCGUCUCGAGAACAUUGCUGCGAACCAAGCCCUACUCAAGGACAUUUCGGCGACUGCGAGCAAGAUUAUCCCGGCGUCCAAGCCCACACCCACCCGAGCAUCGAAACCGUCAAAGAGAACUCGAGAUGCGCCUGUCAAGCGCGAACCAGCCAUGGCCACGCGACGCAGCUCGCGUGUCGCCGGUCUUGGCCCCGACAAGGACGACGCAAAGCGUGCGUUUGAAGACACGGCACUCGAGUCACCUCUCGAGAGGGCAAAGCGCAUGCGCUUCUCUGGCGACUUGAACCUCGGCGAUGCCCUUGUGGAGGGGAAGAAGUGGAGCGCGGGACUUGAGGGUCUACAGGGCCUUAAGGGGCUUUCCCGUGGUGCUCAACCCGGCCAGCGAACGUUCACGGAGGACGAUAUCAAAAAUACGACCGACAAAGACCUGAAAGACCUACGGCUACGCAUGGAUGGCCUCAAGCUCUACGAGGGUUGGAUGCCAAACACUAUCAAAAUCACGCCUCAGCGGGUCUACUCCCUCGGUUUCCAUCCUACAGAGGACAAGCCUGUUAUUUUCGCGGGCGAUAAGGAAGGCGCGAUCGGCGUGUUCGAUGCCUCUCAGAAGGCUCCGGAACCUCCUGAAGACGAGGACGAGGAGUGGGACGAGCCUGAUCCGAUCAUCAGCGCCUUUAAAUUUCAUACAAAGACAGCCUCGGCCUUUGUCUUCUCACCAGCCGACGACAACGCCGUAUACACGUCUUCUUACGAUUCAACGAUCCGAAAGCUCGAUCUCGAAAAGGGCAUGUCUGUGCAGGUGUUUGCCCCCGAUGAUGUAAUGGAGGACAUGCCUAUGUCGGCAAUGGAGAUGCCGACCAAUGAUUCGAAUCUACUCUACUUUUCGACACUUCAUGGCGGUUUCGGACGUCAUGAUAUCCGAACACCUUCAGGCGAGCACGAAGUCUGGAGUUUAUCUGAUAAUAAGAUCGGCGGCUUCUCUCUGCAUCCGCUUCAGCCCCACCUGGUCGCUACAGCGUCACUCGACCGAACGAUGAAGAUUUGGGACCUUCGAAAGAUAACCGGCAAAGGCGAUCUCCAGCAUCCUGCGCUGCUGGGCGAGCACGAGUCCAGGCUUUCUGUCUCCUAUGCGUCGUGGAGCCCUGCCGGUCAUCUCGCCACAUCAUCGUACGACGACACGAUCAAAAUUUAUGACUUUACUGCUGCCAGCACCUGGGCGCCGGGCCACGACAUUGGUGCAGAUAAUAUGACGCCGGCGGUGCAGGUCAAACACAACAACCAGACCGGUCGAUGGGUCACCAUUCUCAAGCCCAAGUGGCAGCUACAGCCAAGAGAUGGCAUUCAGAAGUUCACGAUCGGAAACAUGAACAGGUUCGUGGAUGUCUUUGCAGCGGAUGGCGAGCAAAUCGCUCAGCUCGACGGCGAUGGCAUCACUGCAGUGCCGGCGGUGGCGCACUUUCACCCUACCCUGGACUGGGUCGCGGGAGGCAACGGCAGUGGCAAGUUGACGCUCUGGAUGUAA